AUGAACGCGCAGCACGCCGCCAUUGCGAAGCGUUCGCUCGACGUCGACCGCGAACCAAACCUUGAGCUGGUCGAGCGACGGACAACCGUUGACGGCGACGUCCUGAUCGUCACGUUCCGCGCUGCGUCGGUGCGCCUACUCCGCCUGGCGUCCAACUCGUUCCUUUCCAGCGUCGACCUCGUGCUCCGCACGAUGGCCGAGUUUGCGCCGGACCCCGAUGAGGUGCUCCCGACAGACGAGGAGCUGGAGGCUAUUGCGAGCCGCGCGCGUGAGGAGGGAGGCGGCCGCAAGGGCAUCGAGCUGAAGGGCGGCGCGGGUGCUGGCGGCGGCGAGGAGGUCAAGUGA